CCAUGCACCUUGCAUGUUGCCCUGUUGGGGUCUGCAUGGAGGCUGAUACGUAUGCAAUGUAUCUGCAGUGCAAAGUUAAGUAUAAACCCUUAAAGAAAGCCAUACUAAAUGCACGCAGCCUGACUUGAUCUCAGCAGAACAACCCAGCUAACAUUCCUAUGAUGGACAAAUGUUUAUGAACAUCCUGUGAUAAAUGAGAUGCAUGCCACACAAUACUUUAACCCUUCAGAUAACUUUGAAAUACAUUGAAAAUGACCACCGCUUUGCUUGUCAUUCAGCAAACACCCUCCCAGCAGGCAGGAGGCAGCUCCCCUUCUUUGGGGGGUCCUGCAGUGCAGAACGUCCUGGGGAUCAGGCAGGGCAUAGACAUUGUCCUGAAUCCCCAAAUCUACCCACAGCUGGAGGGGAAAUAGUUACAAGCACUGAAACUGUAAGUUAUUGUCACUAAGCUCCAGGAUUCUCUGCUGACGUGGAGGGAAAAAAACAAUGCAAAAUAAACUAUUUCAGGACUUACACUGUGUAUUAUUACAUGGAGCAAAAGUACAUUGCAGAGUUCUUGUUCAUUAUCCCGUGAUGUGAUGUAUCCUGGCACUGAGGUCAGCAUGGUGACAGUGCCAUCAGCACAAGUCUAUGAGCUGGGAGCAGACGCAGCUCUAGGAAUUGAGUUCUGCUGACAUCUGCUGUUGAGCAUUUGUCCCCAGUGAUGUCUCAAAGGACAGCAGAGCCACACAGGGAGAAGGUCCCCGUGACUGCAGUCUGUGGGGCUGGCUGCAGCAGGGAGCCAAGCACAGGCUCCAGCAGGCGAUGCAGAGGACACUGUCCAGUCCUCCUGCAUACCUCAGUGUAGAUGUUUUACAGAAGGAAAUAGAGAAAGCUAUAUUAAAGCAGUAGUUCUGUAAUUGUGGCCAAGCAGUGGCAAGGAAAUCCCAUCUGCAGGUCCAAAGGGUACAAGAGGAGUACCCCAUGGGUCAGCACUGGCUCCAGUCCCGUUUAACACCUUCAUUAAUGAUCUGGACAACGGGGUAGAGUGCACCCUCAGUAAAUUUGCAGAUGGCACAAAACUGAGAGGAGUGGCUGAUUCACCGUAGGGUCAUGCUGACAUUCAGAGGAACCUCGAUAGGCUGGAGAGGUGGGCUGACAGGAACCAAAUGAGGAACAACCCCAGGCACCCAGCUGGAAAGCAGCUCUGCAGAAAAGGACCCAGGAGUCCUGGCGGACGCCAUGAUGAACAUGAGUCAGCAGCACGCCCUACUCAGCAUUGGUGAGGCCACAGCUGGAGCGCUGGGCUCAGUUCUGGCACCUCAGUACAAGAGAGACCUGGAUAUACUGGAGAGUGUCCAACAAAGGGCCAUGAGAAUGAUUUGGAACUGAAGCAUCUCUCCUACCAGGAGAGGCUGAGAGAUCUCGGACUGCUCAGCCUGGAGAAGAGGUGGCCCGGGGGGAUCUCAUCAAUAUCCAUACAUAGGCAAAGGGAGGGUGCACAGAUUACACAGUCAGGCUUUUUUCAAUGGUGCCCAGUGCCAGGACAAGAAGCCAUGGGCACAGCCUGUAACACAGAGGAUCCCUCAGAACAGCAGGAGCACUUCUGUGCUGUGUGGGGGAUGGAGCACUGCAUAGGCUGCCCAGAGGCUGUAGGGUCUCCUCCUUGGGGAUCUCCAGCAGCCGCCUGGCCAUGGCCAUGGGCACCCUGCUCUGGGUGGCCCUGCUGGAGAGGGAGUGGGCCAGAGGGACACAGAGGGCCCUGCCAGCCUCAGCCAGUCUGUGGUUCUGUGCAACUGUGAAAGAUUUUGAGAUAAAACCAUUGAGGAACAGAGCACUGGGGACUCAGGGCUGACUGACUGACCCAUCACCAAGUGGCUUACCAUAGCGAGUAUAGGAAAGUUGAGUGUUGCCAUGUACAUCAAUCAGUACUAGACAAAUCUAGAUAAAUGCUUUUCAGCUGCUAGAAUUUGAAGAAACUUCAUGAUGCAUGUAGAGACCUACUCUAUAAUGUGUGUUGAUGCUUUAGGAAUCACUGACAUACAAUACUGUGAUACUACGGCCUUUUCUCAUCAGCUUUGGGCUCUGUGGGAUCCAAGUGUUGUCACUUGACAUGCCAGGAAGCACACCAGAGGAAGGAGGCUCUGAAGGGCUAUGUGCAUUUUCCCAGCUUCUCAUAAACAGCUCAGGAAGCAGAAAAGCUUUCAGAGGAAAUCCUCUCCCCUGCCCUUUCUUUCUGGAGUGCACAGACAUAUGAACAACUUAACAUGCCACUGUUUUACAGUCUUUUUAAGGAAGGAAGAGGCAAACAGCAUUUUUCAAAGGCACCGAAGAGCCAAUAGCUUCUUUGAAGAGCUAAAGCUGGGGUCACUAGAGCGAGAAUGCAUGGAAGAAAAGUGUUCAUUUGAGGAAGCAAGAGAGAUCUACCGUGAUGAUGAGAGGACAAAAGAGUUCUGGCACAUCUAUUCCGACCCCAACCAGUGUGACUCCAACCCCUGUCAGAACGGAGGGAGCUGCGAUGACCAGUUUCAGGAUUACGUCUGCCGCUGUCCCCUGGAGUAUGAGGGCAAAAGCUGUGAAACAGCUGUGGCCGAAAACCUGAAGUGCAUUUACGACAACGGCGGCUGUGAGCAGUACUGUGCUGAUGAGCAGUCUGAAAAACGAGUGUGCUUCUGUGCAGAGGGCUACACUUUAGCGAGCGAUGGCGUGUCCUGCACUCCCCAAGUGAAAUACCCUUGUGGAAAAAUACCAGUGUUGGCAAAAAAGAAUGCGACUGCUGAGGGGAGAAUAGUAGGUGGCAUCACCUGUCCUCCAGGUGAAUGUCCAUGGCAAGCCCUUAUAAUACAGGAUCAGAAAGGGAAGUGUGGUGGUAGUCUGCUCUCGCCAGAGUGGGUAGUGACUGCAGCUCAUUGCCUGGACUACGCUCAUUCCAAACAGUUCCGAGUGAGGCUGGGUGAAUACUCAAUAAAAGUUAAUGAGAAAACUGAGCAAGAAAGUGGAGUCAGCGAGAUCAUCAGACAUGAAAAAUACACUCCUGGACAAGUCAAUCAUGACAUUGCCCUCCUGAGGCUGGAAACACCCAUGAACCUCACUGAUUUCGUGGUGCCGAUAUGUUUGCCUGAAAAACGGUUUGCAGCGUACGAGCUGUCCUCCAUUAAGUUCUCAACGGUGAGUGGAUGGGGACGGUUGCUAGAUGGAGGGGCUACUUCUGCCUUUCUGAUGCGAGUUGAUUUGCCACGUGUAAAGACACAAGAAUGUGAAAAGCAGGCCAAUUUAAACAUCACGGAGAAUAUGUUCUGUGCUGGAGACCUGACCGGCAAAAAAGACUCCUGCAAGGGAGACAGUGGUGGACCUCACGCUACGAAGUACAAGAACACCUGGUUUCUGACUGGGAUUGUCAGCUGGGGAAAGGGUUGUGCUGUUGAAGGCAGCUAUGGGGUUUACACAAGGGUUUCCAAAUACAUCGACUGGUUGAAGAGGCACAUGGCCUGACAACAGUGAACCAGAGCAUUUCCAUUCCUUCAUCCCUCUGUGUCAUUUUCCUACUGAAGCAUUCCUCCAUUAACUUAGAUAUGUGGUAAAUGUGACGUUAUUCACAAUUUUAAAUGAGCCUAAUGCCUGCCUGAAUACAUAAAAUAACUUUGAUAUUGUUGUAAAUUCGAAUGUCCUGUCAAAAGGCCACAGAAAGGCCCUAUCAAACCAGACUCAGAGUCCCUUUCAUUCUUCACCCAUUUUCUGGUAACAGAAAAGCUCGGUGCUGAGAAACACUGUCAGUAAUGCAUUGAGUACACUGUGAUCCUUCCUUGUACUUGUAUCGUGGCUGCUGGUAAUCAAUGAUGCACAGACUUCCUGAGCAAGCAGUUGCACGAGUCUGAAUGGUCAUGAAUGAACCCAUUUGCCAGAUAUGUGUGCAAUCUCUUUCAAACACAUUUACACUCUGGGCUUUCACAAUUUCCUGUGCUGAUAGGUCCUGCAAUAUAAUGAAGCAACAGCAGGAGAAAGAGAAAUGGCGUUUCUUCUAGCUUAUGGUGAAGGAACUUUCUCUUUCAGUCCCAGCAGGUGGAUCUGAGAGGGAGGAAUUGUAGAGCAUCCUCAGGACAAGAAAGCCGGGAGAAAGGUUAAUUCCACAUUUACGGGUCCACUAUGAAAACUUGAUUUUAGACUUCUUGCACUAAAUAUUACUGCAGUAAGGCUAUUAACAAUACACUUAUGACUGAUGAAGAAUACCACAGAUUUAAUCCUAUAUUUGCCUUUCCGUAAAACUUACAAUUUGGAUUCGUUCAAAUCAUGCUGAAUAUCAAUUUAAUCACAAAGGCGUAUCAGCAAGUAGGAUACUUACUGUUGACUGUGGUCUACUACUGGGAGAGAACGCUGGCAUUACACGGUACAUGUGAUACCAAACAUCCCAUAAUCUGCAUUACUGACAUAGAGGAAUGGGGGGUUACUCUUUUAAAAACUGAAAUGGGAAAAGCUGCAGAUUACAGAGACCUGGGAAACAAGGUCUUACAGUAUGAAAGCACACCUCACAGGUUCUGGUUAUACCUAAAGAAAUAACAAGAUAUAACAAGACUAGACCCAUCGUGGGUGAGAGAAAAUAAAAAAGGAAAGCAUUUACGCCAGCAGAAGCAGCAUGCAAAACAAAUAAUUAAAAAAAAAAAAAAAAAAACAGGAAAAUUUCCAGGGAGAAAGGUGACUGGGGGCAGCAGCCAGCAAAUGAAGUCUCAUUUUCACCAAGAGGCA